CGCAGCCACAUCCCUGGUGGCCCGAGGGGGCGGGGCCAACGCGCGCGGCCUGCGCACCCCGGCGCCGGCAUGUCGUCCAACGCCGCGCUGGUGAUGUGCGCGAGGGGGGCGAGGAACCAGGUGUCCAGUGUGCACGAGAAGCAACUUGAGGAGAUCUACACCUGCUUCGAGCGGCUGCGAGUGAGGCCGCUGGCCGAGCGGAAGGCGCCGAGGCGGGGGCCCGAGCCCGCCGCGCUGAAGGCGCCCAAGGCCCUGACUCUGCCCGAGGGCCUGCGGGACUGGUUCGUCAACCGCGGCGUCCAGGGGCUGCCACAGUGGUGUGCAGCAACCCAGGCCGACGAGCAGCAGCUGUGCCGUCACGUGGUGGCGCUGCACAGGCUGGGGGUCCCGCCGUUCUUCCGGGAGCAGCUGCAGCCCCUGAUCAUGAAGCUCUUCGUGUCGCUGGAGGCCCGGGUGCCCAGCGCGCGGAUCCCCGCGGACGACGCUCGGAGGGCCGAGUUCUGGCCGGAGCUGAAGGACAGCCUGGUGCGGCUGGCCGUGCCGGCCAUGGCGGAGGUGGUCUUCGAGCUUUUCGGCAGGAGCUCCAGCCUGGUCGUCGUGCUGGACGCCUCCGGCUGGAGCCCCGCCGCUGGGCACUGGAAGGUCUCCCAGCGCAUCUGCUUCGUCGACGUGGCGGUGUCCCUGGACACGGCGCGCCGCGCGCGCGGCAUGCUCGUGCGGCGCCUGGAGAGGGCGUGCCGCGCCGGGGGCUUCGCCGAGGGCGGGCUGGCCGCGGGGCUGAUCGAGGACGCGAGCGGGCGGCGGACUACCGGCUAG